GUGUGAACCCUGAGGUGCUGGGGUUAAAGGCUUUGCAAAGGAGCCAGGGUAGAUUUGCCGGCUGCUCUCCUCCUGGUCAGAAUACUUCCACUUUCAGUUGUGAAAGAAAAAGCAGGAAGUGAAGUCCCCGGAGCAGGGCCACGUUAGAAAGCUGGGCCAUGGCCUGAGCCAGGACGGCUCAGCUCCAAGCAGGGCAUAACUGGGGACACUCUGAGGCCAGGCUGCUUGCCUGCAUGGACGCGCCGAAGCUGCCCUGCCCCAAGGCUGAGAAGAGAGGGACAAGGACUCCUGUACCAGGAAGAACUCAGAGCCAGGAAGCCCCAUUCGCUGGAAGCCUAAGGCAUUCGGGCCCCUCACCAGGCAGGGUCUACGUUCCCUGCUGCUGGUCACAAGGAUGCUUUUUAUCUUUAACUUCUUGUUCUCCCCACUUCCCACCCCGGCACUGAUUUGCCUCCUGACUUUUGGAACGGCCAUCUUCCUAUGGUUGAUCAACAGACCUCAGCCAUUCUUAUCCCCCAUUGACCUGGAUAAUCAGUCUGUGGGAAUUGAGGGAGGAGCGCGGAAGGGUGCUUACCAGAAGAACAACGACCUUAUGCGUUAUUACUUCUCAGAUGCCAAGACAGUAUAUGAAAUUUUCCAGAGAGGACUUGCUGUGUCUGACAAUGGGCCCUGCUUGGGAUACAGAAAACCAAACCAGCCAUAUAGAUGGUUGUCCUACAAACAGGUAUCUGAUCGAGCAGAGUAUCUGGGCUCCUGUCUCUUAUAUAAAGGAUAUAAACCAUCACCAGACCAGUUUGUUGGCAUCUUUGCUCAGAACAGACCAGAGUGGGUCAUCUCUGAGUUGGCUUGUUACACAUACUCCAUGGUAGCUGUCCCCCUGUAUGACACCUUGGGAGCAGAAGCUAUCAUAUACAUUGUCAAUAAGGCUGAUAUCCCUACUGUCAUCUGUGAUACACCCCAGAAGGCGUUGGGGCUGAUAGAGAAUGUGGAAAAGGGCCAUACCCCAGGCCUGAAGAUGAUCAUCCUCAUGGACCCCUUUGAUGAUGAUCUGAAAGAGAGAGGAGAGAAAUGUGGAGUUGAGGUCUUAUCCAUGUCUGAUGCUGAGAAUCUAGGCAAAGAAAACUUCAGAAAACCCGUGCCUCCAAACCCAGAAGAUACAAGCAUCAUCUGUUUUACCAGUGGAACCACAGGUAACCCCAAAGGAGCUAUCCUAACUCAUCAAAAUAUUGCUUCAAACACUGCCGGUUUUCUCAAAUGUCUGGAGCAUGUUUUCCAGCCUACUCCUGAUGAUGUGACCAUAUCCUACCUCCCCUUGGCUCAUAUGUUUGAGAGGAUUGUACAGGCUGUCGUGUAUUCCUGUGGAGCCAGAGUUGGGUUCUUUCAAGGAGAUAUCCGGUUGCUGCCUGAUGAUAUGAAAGCCCUCAAACCCACAGUGUUUCCCACAGUACCUCGACUCCUUAAUAGGGUCUAUGAUAAGGUACAAAAUGAAGCCAAAACACCCUUGAGUAAGUUCAUGUUGAACCUGGCAAUUACUAGUAAAUACAGUGAUGUAAAAAACGGUAUCAUCAGACGUGACAGUUUGUGGGACAAGUUUAUUUUUUCAAAGAUCCAGGACAGCUUGGGUGGGAAUGUUCGCAUCAUGAUCACUGGAGCCGCCCCCAUCUCCACUCAGGUCCUCACAUUCCUCCGGGCAGCCUUAGGAUGUUGGGUAUUUGAAGCUUAUGGACAAACAGAAUGUACUGCUGGCUGUACAAUUACAUCACCUGGGGACUGGACAACAGGUCAUGUUGGAGUCCCUGUGUCUUGUAACUAUGUGAAGCUGGAAGAUGUGGCUGACAUGAAUUACUUUUCAGUAAACAACGAAGGAGAGGUCUGCAUCAAGGGCACCAAUGUCUUCCAAGGAUACCUAAAAGACCCUGAGAAAACACAGGAAGCUCUGGACAAGGAUGGCUGGCUUCACACUGGAGAUAUUGGUCGCUGGCUUCCAAAUGGAACUCUGAAGAUCAUUGACCGAAAAAAGAACAUUUUCAAGCUGGCACAAGGAGAAUACAUUGCUCCCGAGAAGAUAGAAAAUAUCUACAUCAGAAGUAGACUGGUGUUACAAGUUUUUGUACAUGGGGACAGCUUACGGUCAUCCUUGGUAGGAGUGGUAGUUCCUGACUCCGAAGUGCUCCCCUCAUUUGCUGCCAAACUCGGGAUUAAGGGAUCCUUUGAAGUCUUGUGUGAAAAUGAAACUAUCCAGGGAGCCAUUUUACAAGACUUGCAGAAAGUUGGGAAAGAAGGUGGUCUAAAGUCCUUUGAACAGGUCAAGAGCAUCUUUAUUCAUCCAGAGCCAUUUUCCAUUGAAAAUGGGCUCUUGACACCAACACUAAAAGCAAAACGAGUAGAGCUCUGCAAAUUCUUCCGGACCCAAAUCAGCAGCCUGUAUGAGAGUAUCCAGGAGUAGGUUAAGUUUGCUGCUGAACUGGAACCGUGAAAGGAGGAGUUGAGACUUAUGUCCAGUGAAAUUUUCCAGUAAAUGAAGCAAGCACUGAAUAAAACUCUCCUGCACUGGGUGCAUAACAGGCUUAUCUUCUGUGAAGGAACCUACUGAUGAUAUUUCCCCAUGAACUACCAUACCCCUUAUACCUGGUGCCUCUACUUGUAAAUGUAAAGUUUUAAAAUAAACUAUUGCAGAUAUA